UUCUUAAUGCUAUUUGGCGUCUCGUACCCUUAGAAGAAGAAGCAAGCGAGGAAGGACGGACAGAAAAUAGUAAACAAAUGCGUAUUUCAAGACGACAAUGUUAUUUAUCAGUUUUAUCAGUGAUUGACAGCGAGAUGGAGUGGCUGGCUGCUGUGUACAGGAGGUCUUUUCUAGGACGGGUGCGCUCUGGUAGGUGAUUUUUUUAAAUGGACAUGCAACAUUGACGUUGUACUUUGAGCAUACAAAAAAAAAAAGACUGGAUUUCCAAUGAAACGGCGACGCAAGUACUGGUUUUGGGGUCGGACAGGUAAAGGGAUGGGUCUCCUCUGCUGUUAUGAUAAAAGGGGUGACCCGAGCUGUUUCCAGAAUAACAGCGCUGAAGAGGCUUGUGUGGCUGUGAAAAUUGAACACUCCAGAGCUUUAGGCAGCAGCCAUUCCCCCGAGACCAACAGCUCCCCCAGUGUUCAGGAGUGUUUAAGUCGAGUCAGUGGUGGGGGCAACAGGAAGAACAGGACAGGCCCCAAUGGAAAAGGAUCAGGGAGCAGGCCUCGUCUCGACUCCAAGCCCAAAGUGCCUCCAAAACCUCCUCACCUGCAGAGCCCGGUGACUGCCCCGCCCUGUCCACUCAGCCAUACCCAGAAAACCAAGGCCUUUCAAACCCAGAAAUCCAACAUGGAGGACAGAGGAGGAGGGAGAGGGGCCGUGACCAAGGAGCGCCUCAAAGACAAGAACUCCAAAGUGUCAGACCUCAUCAGUCGCUUCGAGGAUGGCAGCAUCGCCGACAGCAAGACUAAGCACCUCAAGUCGCCCAACGGCAACGCUGCUCUGCGGGGACUACAGCUAAAACAAACCAGCGUAGACUGUGACAAGACCAAGCAAUCAGACGGGCAGCAGCAGCUACAGGAACCCCCGAAACCGGCAGCCAAUGGGGUCGUAGCUCAUAUGGAUAAAGUGAACACAGACAGUAGAACAGACGCUGAUUGCGAGACUGUGAGGACUGAGAGUAAGGGGAUGGUGAAUGGGGAGAUGGGCAGCGAGGAGCAGAUAGAGGAGCACUCACCUUCUCUGUUAAAAAGGACUGAUACGCCUGACGAUGAAGACAAAAGUGAACCUAAGCUUGAAGAAGUCAGCACGCAGCCUAAGGAGACCAACGAGCAGAAGUUGUUUAAAAUCGCCAGUGAGCUCCUUCAAACAGAGAAGGCGUACGUGGCGCGGUUACACCUGCUGGACCAGGUGUUCUGUGCCAAACUUAUGGAGGAGGCAAACAAAGGGACAUUUCCUGUUGACGUGGUGAAAAACAUCUUCUCCAACAUCACCUCUAUCCACGCCUUCCACAGUCAGUUCCUGCUUCCAGAUUUAGAGAAAAGAAUGGGAGAAUGGGAUUCCAAGCCGAGAAUAGGGGACAUCCUCCAGAAGCUCACGCCCUUCCUCAAAAUGUACGCCGAAUACGUGAAGAAUUUUGAGAAAGCCAUGGAUGUGCUCAAACAGUGGAAUGACCGCUCGCCUCAGUUCAAAGCUAUUAUUAUGGAAAUCCAGACUCAGGAAGUGUGUGGCAACCUAACCCUGCAGCAUCACAUGUUGGAGCCGGUGCAGAGAAUCCCUCGAUAUGAGAUGCUGCUCAAAGAUUAUCUAAAGAAGUUACCCUCAGACGACCCCGACAGGCGAGACGCAGAAAAAUCACUAGAAAUCAUCGCAACAGCAGCUACUCAUUCAAACAGUGCCAUCCGGAAGUCUGAAAAUCUAAAGAAGCUGAUGGAGAUUUAUGAGAUGCUCGGCGAAGAGGAGGACAUUGUAAACCCGUCAAAUGAGUUUAUCAAAGAGGGCCACAUCCUGAAGUUGGCGGCGAGGAACACAUCAGCCAUGGAGCGAUACCUUUUCCUGUUCAACAACAUGCUGCUGUACUGUGUGCCUAAGUUCAGCCUGGGAGGGCCUAAGUACACAGUGAGGACACGGAUUGGCAUCGAUGGUAUGCAGGUCACUGAAACCAUCAAUGAUGAAUAUCCACAUACUUUUCAAGUGCUGGGCAAAGAGAGGGCGCUGGAGCUACAGGCCAGCUCAGAGCAGGAUAAGGCCAGCUGGAUUAAGGCUCUUCGGGAAACCAUUGACAUCUUCCAGCAAAAGAAUGAGACGUUUAAGAACGCCUCAAAAGACGUGGAGGAAGUUUCUAAAGAUGAACUGGGGAAGCGUGCUCCUCGCUGGGUCCGGGACAAUGAUGUGACCAUGUGUAUGAAAUGCAAAGAGACUUUCAAUGCACUGACACGGCGCCGACACCACUGCAGAGCCUGUGGAUGUGUGGUAUGCUGGAAAUGCUCUGACAAUAAAGUGCAGCUUGAAUAUGAUGGGAACAAGAUGAACAAGGUGUGUUAUGACUGUUACCGAACCCUUAAAGGAGAGACGGUAUCCGAGGAAAACAAGAAGAAGGGCAUUCUGGAGAUUGAGGCCGCUCAGUUUUCAGGCAACAGUAUCAUCUGUGGUUUCCUGCAGUACUGUGAAAAGAGCAACAAACCGUGGCAGAGGGUCUGGUGUGUCAUCCCAGAGAAGGAAUGUUUUGUGCUCUAUCUCUACGGAGCUCCACAGGAUGUGAAGGCUCAGUGCUCCAUCCCCCUGUUGGGUUACACAGUGGAGGACAGCCCACGCCCCUCCGAUCCUCCAUCCAGCUUUCACCUUACACAGUCCAGAUCUGUCCACAACUUCGCUGCAGACACCGAGGACAUUAAACAACGCUGGCUCAAAGUUAUCCGAGUGGCAGUGACCGGAGAGAAGCCACCGUACCCGCAGCAAAAUGGCGGCAGCAGCAUUACGGACAAUAACAACACGACACAGGAAGUGAAUACAGACAGCACGGAAGCUAAAAACGAUUGACUACAAACUUAGAUAUGGAUAAGCUGCUUUUAUUUACUAACUGGAUCCUUUGGGCAGGGGAGUCGAUGAGGGUUGGGGAGCAAAGGGGUCUGUUGUCCAGCAGGCCCCAGAUAUUGACCUUCUUCCUAUUAAUUUAUAUUAGAGGGGGGCCCAUGCAAGGUUUCUUACCAUAGGCCCCCAAAUUUGCGUCGACGGGCCUGUCUUUGGGAUAUACUUACUGCUGGAUUUAUAGAGGACAUGUCUGGUAUCAUCAACACUAGAGUGAAGAGGAACAUCUGGCUGUUAUCAUUUGUAAAAACAUUAAUUUAACCCUGGACUAUAAGACUUAUGUGGGAUUAGAACUAUGCGCUGGAUUUCAGCACUGUACAAUAUGGCAUGUACAUAAGGAGUUAUUGAGCAUUUUUUUUAUAACACGCAAGAUGAAACAAACUACGCAGUAUUGCUUUGUCAUUUGCCUGUGAUGUCUAGAUCUUAUUGUCCUCUCCUUUAGUUUUGUGUUGAAAUGAAAGCACGUUUGACUAUCUUUGUGCCUGUUCUGCAGAAGCAUCGCUGUUAUCCCAACUGAGCCUUCCAAUAUAACAUUUACAUGGAAUGAUAUGGUUUAAGUAAUAUAUACUUUAGGUUAUUUUACCAUGUACAAAAAUCCUAUUUAACUGCAAUUUUAACAAGUUCAAUGUGGGAUCAAUUUGUUGUGGUUAAGUUGGUGGUUAAUCUGACAAACUAAUCAAAAAUUUACAAUCAUGAGGUUAGAACGAUGUCAUAUAACGAGACCUUUAUUAUAAGCUUACGUUUUAUGAUUUAACUCAAGAUGUACAACUUAACAGUGAACACAAAGAAAUGUUCUUAAGGGAAACUUGAUGGAUGUCUGUUAACGGGAGGUCUUUUUCUCUUGUAAAUAUAAAUGGCACAAUCACAGGUUUUCUUGGUGAGCUGGUGAAAUUGUAAUUGUGUUGAAUGGCUGUAAUUAAUUGUAUUAUUUAUAGUAAUUUAUAGAGGAGCAUGAUCUGACAUAGCAUAUGUUUUUCAAUAGUCAGCGACUACACAUUUUUUUUUCUCUCAGCACUCUGUUAUUUGAGAGGGAUAUGUGCCUAUACUCCCCCCCCCCUUUUUUUUUUUUUUUACAUAAACCCUUAUAAUGCAAUGCCGGUGCUCUCCAUCCUCAGUAUUCAAAUAAACAGCACAAAGAUGUCCCUGGUUAAAAUGAAUCUGAAUCAGUCCAGUGUUUUUACAAACUAAACUCACACCACCCACAGGAAUGAAAAUACUUGCACUUCGCAGUUCUAGUGUAUUUUUCAUCAAAAUAAAACUAAAUGACAGUUUAUGGAGAUAUAAUUUUAGUGUGUGCAAAAUAAAACGUCAGACUUGUUGCUGAAAUGGGUAGAUU